AUGGAUUUCUCCUACGCUUCUUCUUUCUCCCUCAUCUUUCUCGCCUUCUGCUUUUCUUCUUUGUCCACAACUGCAACAGCCAGAGGCGGAGAACGUAGCUCGGAUUUCUCAGGAUAUUUGGAUCACAAUCUUGCUUAUUCUACUCGGAAGUUGUCUGAAGACAAACAGUCUGCAACCGGGGUUGAUGUAGCUCGCGGAUAUAUGACUAAUGUUGAACUAGAGAAAGCUGUAGAACAGUUUGGUCGAAGAUGUAGUCAUAUUUCGAGGUUCUACAGUAUUGGGAAGAGUGUGGAGGGAGUUCCACUGUGGGUGAUGGAAAUAUCUGACAAGCCAGGGCAGCAAGAGGCAGAACCUGCCUUCAAGUUCAUUGGAAACGUGCAUGGAGAUGAACCUGUUGGCCGUGAGCUACUAUUACUUCUAGCAAAUUGGUUGUGCGAUAAUUAUAUGAAGAACCCUUUGGCCACAUUGAUUAUAAAAAAUGUUCACCUUCAUAUACUUCCGACAAUGAAUCCUGAUGGUUUUUCACUUAGGAGGCGUGGUAAUGCAAACGAUGUUGAUCUAAAUCGAGAUUUUCCAGAUCAAUUUUUUCCUUUAAAUGAUGAUUUGGACUCUCGCCAACCUGAGACAAAAGCCAUUAUGAGUUGGUUGAAAGAGAGGCGUUUCACAGGCUCUGCCAGUUUGCAUGGGGGUGCACUGGUUGCAAAUUAUCCAUGGGAUGGGUCCCAAGAUAAACGGAAACAGUACUAUGCGUGUCCUGAUGACAAAGCAUUUCGGUAUAUGGCAAGUGUGUACAGUCGCUCCCACUUCAACAUGUCACUGAGCAAGGAAUUUGAUGGAGGGAUAACAAAUGGAGCAUUUUGGUACCCUAUAUAUGGUGGUAUGCAAGAUUGGAACUAUAUACACGCAGGCUGUUUUGAAUUGACCUUGGAGAUUAGUGAUGUCAAAUGGCCAAAUGCGGAUGAGCUUCCUGUUCUUUGGGAGUUUAACAGAAUGAGUAUGCUGAAUCUAGUUGCAAGUUUUGUUAAGACAGGAAUACAUGGAAAGACCUUUUCUUCAGAUAAUGGACAACCUUUGCCUGCUUCUAUCACAAUCAAGGGAAUAAAUUACACGGUGAAAGCUGAUGGAUCAUUUGGUGAUUACCACCGCAUGCUUGCUCCAGGCGAGAGCUAUGAAGUUAUGGUUACAAUGCCUGGUUACCAAUCAAAGAGCACGCAUAUCUUACUGGAAGAUGAAGCCAUGAGCGUGGAUUUUGUUCUGGAUCCAGAAGAUGAUCUACAGAUGCAUCUGCAACCAAGAAGCAGUUGCAACGAUAAUCACAAACUUGAACUGUUGAAGAUUUUUGGAAAGAUCCACCUGGAAAUUCCUCUUGUUGCUGCUUUUAUCUUGGCAUUCCUGUGCUUUUUGUUGAAAAGGAAACCAAUUGUUAACCUCUUAAAAAAUAGACAAUUAGCAGGUCAAAAGAGGCCAGCUGCUGUAUGAGUCUUAACAUUUUAUCAGUUAAUUUUGUAUGUU